CGGUGGAAUAUUACAGCCAAGAUACAAUUUUGGCUUUAAAAGACAGAUGCUGACAGGCACACGGCAAUACGUAUGUGGACUAUGCAGCUGGGCGAUUUCAUUUGCCCAGUUCUUAAAUUAGAAGAGAAUAUAAUAUUAAAGAAAAUAAUAUAAAAUAGAAUAUUUUGAAUGAAAGUUUUCCGAACGCCACAUAUUCUUUCAUAUCUGCAAAUAACAUCAAAGUUUGAAUUUCCCUGAGUUGCUGUGCCUUGGACACUUAGAGACCACAAUGAUCCUGCUGACAUUUCUUUAUGGACUUUUCCAACGCACCAUAAAGCUGUUCCUGGGCAAGAAGGCCAGCAGAGUUCAGCUCAAAGAGUUUGUGCGUAAAAAUGCAGCCAACUCUCUGUCUGUGGCCAACAUGGUCAUGGGCAUGACUUCCAUUCUCUGCAGCCUGAACGGUCACCAGUAUGCUGCAUGCUGGUUGGUUCUGAUUGGUUACCUGCUGGACCUGGCAGACGGUGCAGUAGCCAGACGACUGGAUGCCUGUUCAGCACUGGGUGCCAAGCUGGACGACUUUGCCGACUUCACCACGUUCGGGAUAGCGACCUCGCUGCUUCUGAAGACCCGCGGGCUGAUGGACAACAUCCUCUGCUUGUGCUACGUCAUGGCCGUGUUCACCCGCCUCUGCUUCUUCUCCAGCGGGAUCCCCUUCAUGUACCGCGGGCUGCCCUGCAUCUACUCGUCGGCCAUCUUGGCCUGCGUCUCCCUGCUGUCCGGCGGGAACAUGCUGGUCCUGCGGGUCACGGCUUUGGCCAUGAUCCUCUUCAUGGUCAACCAGGGCUUCUACCCCCACGACAGGGUGCUGGAGUCCCAGGCCUGGAAGAAGGUGGUCUAUGCCGGAGGAGUUGCCAUGGUGUUCUGCUCCUCUUUCCCUCCUGCAUGUGUUUACUACCUGCUCUGGUCCGUCUCCUACAUUUUAUUUCCGACAGCCUUGUGGAGCUGCAAAGUGUAACUGCUGAGGUUUUAGUCAAAGACUCUUUCUCUUCAGGCCUAAGGAGGCCAUCCUGGAUCUAGUUUUUAAAAAGCCUCUUAACCUACUGCUGUUUAUCAUCAAAUACUGUACAUUGCUCAUUUAACCAAGGAGACUUCUCAGUCAUUUUUUAAUGUAAGAGACAAACGUUGUUAUUUUCCCCUUUAAAAACUAUUGCAAUGGUUGAAAAUUUGGUUGGGUAGAAAUAGCAUGAAAUACACACAUUUGCGGUUUUGAAAAUGGAAUACCAAUCUGUUUUUUUUCCAAAUACAGAAAAUGUAAAAUGCGCUAAUGCUAUGGCAUACAUUUUAACCUUGCAGAACAGAAACGGAUAUGUAACGGAUAUUAUGCAAUGCAAUUAAUCAGUUUCCCAAACGAUGUAUAUAUUCAUAAAGAGAUAGUAAAAAGCAUACAAUUCAUAUAAUUUUCUUGCUCAAACGUUUACAAAAAUGUUGGUAACACUUGGCAGACCAUGUAUGGUAUACAUACUGGCAGACAUGCAAAUGUGAAUGGAGUCAGGACCAUUUUCAUAGUUACGGCACAAUUAUGUGAUUCUACACCACGUGCAAGAACACUUGCAGCACAUGGGAUUCGCAUGUUUCCCUGAAAGAGAGGAAUGUUUCAAGGGCCAAAUCAUCUCUACGACCUUAAGGCAGCCGCUCCAGGUACCCACAAGGUCCUGGGUAGUAAAGACAUUUAAAAUGGAGACGGAAUGGUCCUCACAGCACAGAGCCAGUACACGGCUUAUGUGUUGCCAGUCCCUGUUGGACUGUGGUUGUUCCUUGUUUUGAUGUUGGAGAAGCACGAGAAGCAAAUAAAAAAAUUUAACACCUUUCUAAUGCCUUUUAAUGCCUACGGAGUCUUACAUUGAGGUCCAAAAAGCAGGCAAACUGAGCUAUCACUGGGCACAUUGCCUAGCUCAGUGUGGAGCUAAACCCUUUUCAAACACAGAAGUAAUUUAAUUCCAGUAUAAAAAAACGGAUUUUCUUGGUAAAUGGACAUUGUAAUAUAAACUACUAAUCACUUGUUUCCAGAAGAGCAUUAGGUGUCAUGUCAGUCCAGUGCUGCCCCAAAAAUCCCUUAGGCCUUCUACACUAACAAAAAUAUAGACAAGAGUGUUUCUCAGUCUUCAUUCACAAACAAUAAUGGGCUAAUGUUGUCUGUAAACUAUCAAAACUAACAGAAAAGCCUUUUGUUAGAAAUUCAGGUGGUUUUGACAGGUUACCUCUAAAAAGACAUUUCAGUGUUUCAAUGGCAUGAGGUCCAGUUCUGUAAAAUAAUUACAUAUUUCAUGGACAGAAAAAAGGGUCUUUUUGGUCAGAGUUUACAAAGUAAAUUUUGUAUAACAAUGAUUGUUUUGUGUGAGUUAAACUGUAAAUCUAUAUGUGCUGAAAGCACAAUGUAAGGACUUUUGUUGUAUAAUGACUACAAUACAUAACAGUUGUAUCAAUGA